UAGUUUAUAAAAAUCGCUACGCUAGUCUUAAUAGUGAAUUAUAAAACAGGAAUAGUAUGCUAAAUUGAAUUAAUGUAUGUAGAUACGUACACACAAUCAUAAGUGGAUAAUAUACAGAAAUUUUCAACUCAUAUGAUAUUACCUACUAUUAUUAUUCUUUUCAAGCGUAUAUUUUGUAGAAAAAGCUUUUGAUAACAUUAAAAGCGAAUGUUAUUUAGCUCGAUUCACAACGUUUUUGUCUAUUAAUAAAACACAAACUAUUCUGAUUUAUUAUAAAUUUUUGUUAUUUUUGAAAAGUGAAAGUUGAAAUUUGCAUUUGGCUUUGAAACGUGGACAUAAUUUACUUUUGUUUAGUAAAUAAUUUCUUAUUAAAUCAAUCAUCGUUUAAAUGCAGAAUCAAAGAAAUUUGCGUAAUUUAGAAGAAGAAAAGAUGCAAAUUUUAACAAGAAAAAUUUUAUUUUCUUUGUUUAAGAAUCCAGCCUUAAGUGAAAGUCUAUAUCGUUCUAUUUACUCAAGUUCUGUGGUAUUAAAUAAUUCAGCAGCAAAUAUAACUGGACAAAAACUAUUAACAUAUCCAGCUUUAUCUCUUGAAGAUACAUUAAAUAAAUUUAUUAAAACUGCCCAACCAUUUUUAACAAAAGCUGAAUUAGAUGAAACAGAAAAUCAUAUAAAACAUUUUCAAAGAGGUGAUGGUAAAAAACUUCAAAAAUUACUAGAAGAUGCAGCUGGAUCUGAAUCAAAUUGGCUGGCUGAACGUUGGUUAAGAUGUGCUUAUUUAGAAUAUCGAGAUCCCGUUUGUGUCUUUUCAAGUCCAGGAAUGACAUUUACACCACAAAAUUUUAAAACUGAUGAUGAUAUGCUUCAAUUUGCUGCAAAAGCAAUUUACGCAAACUUACAAUAUAAGAAACAAAUUGAUGAUUCGAAACUACCUGUAGUAAAAAUGGGAAAAUUUGAGUUAGAUAACUCACAAUUCUAUCGAAUUUUCGGAACAUGUCGUUUACCACAAAAAAAUUGUGAUGGAAUAGAAUUUCAUCAUGCAACUUCGAAGCAUAUAAUUGUUAUGGCUAAGAAUCACUUUUUCUAUUUACCUGUUUAUACAAACAAUGGGGAAAUUAUACAUGGUGAUUAUCUUGCAAAAGCAUUGACACAAGCUUGGCAGGAAGCAGCAAAAUUGGGAAAUGCUGUACCUAUCGGAGUUUUAACAUCAGAUAAUCGUGAUAAUUGGGCUUCUGCUUAUGAGAAAUUAGUAGCUAUAAAAGGAAAUCAUGAUCUGGUGAAAAAAGUUCAAUCGGCAUUAUUUGUUGUAUGUUUAGAUGAUCUUGUGCCAGUUAGUGAUAACAAUGUUUAUGAAGUUUUAAGUAAACAAUUAAUACAUGGUGGCGGUUCAAGCCAAAACUCCGGUAAUAGAUGGUUUGACAAAUGUAUCCAAGUUAUCAUAAACAGAAAUGGUGUUGGUGGAUUUUGUUAUGAGCACUCACCUGCUGAAGGUGUAGCUAUCGCACAAAUGUCUGACAACAUAAUAGAUUUUGCGAAAAGUGGACAAUAUGAAAAAGGUGGUGUUCCAGAUAGUUCUUUCAAACCAGAGAGAUUAAACUUCCAAACAUCAAAUGAAUUACUUAAACAUGUUGAAAUUGCUAAACAAAAUGUUACUAAAUUAGCAAAUGAUCUUCAUUUGAAAGUUUUGCAUUACAAAACAUAUGGAAAGGGUUUCAUGAAACAAUACAAAUUGAGUCCUGACAGCUUUAUUCAAAUGGCAAUGCAAUAUGCUUUCUAUCGAAUGCACAAUGUACCCGGCGGACAUUAUGAAUCAGCUCAUCUUCGAAUUUUUAAAAAUGGACGUACUGAAACUAUCAGAUCCUGUUCAAAUGAAUCUAUAGAUUUUGCAAAAGAAUUUUCACAUGGUACAGCUAGUAACGAUAAAAAAUGUGAAUUACUUAGAAAUGCUGUUAACGCACACCGAACUUAUACAAAUGAAGCUCUUGCUGGUAAAGGUGUUGAUAGACAUCUUCUUGGAUUAAAAUUAAUGGCUAGAGAACAUAACCUACCGAUUCCUGACUUUUUUAAUAUUGAAGCAGUUAAACGUAGUGCUAAUUUCCGUUUAUCUACAAGUCAAGUACCUUCAAAACAUGUAUCUUUUAUGUGCUAUGGUCCAUUAGUAUCAGAUGGUUAUGGCAUUUGUUAUAAUCCUCGUGAAAAUGAUAUGGUUUUUGCGAUUUCAUCAUGGGAAAGUGCCUCUGAAACUGAUUCAGAUAAAAUGGCUGUUAAUUUAUCGAAAUGCCUUGAUGAUAUGAGAGAUUGUUUAGAAAAACAAGGAGUACCCCCACCGAAGAGUAAACUUUAAAAAAGAAAAUUAUUACGAUUAUUAAAUAUGACUGAAAAAAAUCUUAUUUUAUCUACUUACAUAUUUUGGAAUUAAAAUGAUUUUUUUAUCAAAAUAACUUAUUUUCAUAUUUUGUUUGUACAACAUACGAAUAAACAAACAACGUAUAUAUAUUUAUAAAAAAUUUA